AGAAACAGCAUUGCUUGAUGGAAAACUUUUUUCUCAGAACCUUACAGCAGCCCAUUCCUUAUCUCACUUUUUAGUUUCAGUAGCUGAAGAAUGCCCUGAGAAUGUCAUAAAUGUCAUAGGUUCCCUGCUGCAACUUCUUGAAUGGGAGUCUCACGUUAUGAGAAACUGUGCUCUAUCUAUGAUAGGAGUAAUUCUUAGUUCAACUUUAGCUAAUGAAAAUAUUUCCAAAAAAGAACAGAAACUAAGGGAAGAACUUUUAGAACAUGUAGAGGCACGCUUACUGGAUACAAAUUCUUUUGUCAGAUCAAAGGCCAUUCAAGUUUUGAAGAUGCUUUUGGAAAGGGAAGCAUUGGCUUCUAUAGAAUUGUAUAAUGUUGCACAGCUUAUAUGUCGCCGAUUGCAAGAUAAAGCCAGCAACGUCAGAAAAAAUGCAAUGGCAUUUUUAGCCCAGUUUAUAAAUAUAAACCAGUUUGCUUGCCUGAUUCCUUUGCCUGUACUGAAGGAAAGUUUUGAAACUGAAUUUAAAAAGCUAAAAGAAAUGCAACCAAUGGAACCUGUCAUUUUUGAUGAUUCUGAUGAUGAAAAUUUUGAGGGGAAAACACAAAAAAAUGUUGUAAUUUUUGAUGAUUCUGAUGACGAUGAUGAUGAUCAGGAAAAAACUGACAAAACCCCUGAAGUUUAUAGUAAUGAAGAAAAGCCCCCUGCUUCUCCAGAAGAAGGAGAUACAGAAAUGAAAGGUGUGAAUGAAGUACCAACUGAAACAGAUUUGGAAGCACUGAAGAAGCAGCAAGCACUUGUAAAUUAUUUAAGGAAAACACUAAAUUUUGCUGAAGUCAUCCAUGGCACAAUAGAACCUGUGUGUUCUUUGUUGCACUCUUCAACACAAACAGAUAUACUUGAGGCAAUUGAAUUUUUUACUGCUGCAGCAGCAGGAAAUGCUGUGAAAAGUACUAAUGUUGGAAUUAAGGAAAUUCUUAAUCUUGUUUGGUCAAAAGAAGCUGCAGUUAGAGAUGCUGCUCUUAAUGCUUUUAGAAGUUUGUAUCUUACUGAUGGAGAAAAACUGAGAGAAGAUACAAUUAUUGUUGGAAAUUUGAUUCUUCUGCUUAAGGAUGCUACAAAUGAUGACGUUCAAAACAUUAAAGAGUUUGUAAAACAUUUCGUGACACUUGGGGAAAUACCACUAUCUGUCCCCAAUAUUUUGUGGAAAAGCUUCUGCAGUAAUCAAUCUUCACUUACUAAAGAAAGUAAAGAAGAUAAAGUAACAGUACUAAGCAUUGAAGAGAAGAUAGCAAUUUUAACUCUGUUAAGCAUGAUGGUUGAAGUUCAACCUGCAUCCAUGACCAAAAACAUUGAUGGUUUAGUUGAACAUGGAUUAAGUGCGGAAGCGGAGCAGAACUUUCAGUUGGCAAAAUAUGCUCUUAGAGUACUUUGUAAAACUAAUGAAAAAGCUAGAGGGAAGUUCAUAGGAUCGCUACAGAAAUCGUCUGCCUUUGAUCAUGAACUUGCUGAUCGCAUAAGAUGCCUUUUAACAGAGGGUAUUCAAAAUUUUAAUGAUGAUCAAUGGGUAUCUAUGGCUGAUGAAGCUAUUUGCACAAUAUUUGUCAUGAUUGAAAAGCCUACUGUAUUGUGUGCAGAAAUAUGUGCAAAAAUUGCCAACCUUAUUUCUGAAAAUUCAAUUUUGACAACGGUUUUGCCAAGUAGUGAAUUGUUUGAAAUUCCCAACAUGCUUCUGGCUCGAUUUCUUUCAUUAUGUGGACACAUUGCAUUACAGUAUGUGAUGUAUUUAAAAUUGGAUAUUUUUGCAUACUUGAGGAAGCAAGAAAUGCAAAGGCGUAGAAGGCGAUCAUCAAUCCCUAAAAACUUUUCUACACCAAAACCAGGUUUUCUUUCAACACCAAAAUCAUUAUCUAGAAGAAAACAUGAAAGUUACAGAUUAGUGCCCCCUACAGAUGAAGAAACAACAUAUGAGCAAAUUCUUGACAUGUGUGCAAAAGAAGUAAAGGACGAGACAACACUAUUAGGAAUGCUUCUACCUUUUGUUAAAGAAAAAUGCCUUUGGUCUCUUCGACAUCAUGAUAAAGAAGUACAAGCAGCAGCUGCACUUGCAUUAGCAAAAUUCAUGCUAAUAAGUGAACAAGUAUGUCAAGAAAACAUGCAGCUGUUUGCUACAAUUACAGAAAAAUCACCAGAAUCUUAUGUUAGAGCUAAUAUGGUCAUUGCUAUGGGGGAUCUGUGUACGUCUUAUCCAAAUAUUGUUGAACCAUGGACAUCACAGAUAUAUCAAAGAUUAAGAGACCCUGAAUCAUGUGUAAGGGAAGCGGCUAUCAUCACUCUCACUCAUCUCAUUCUUUAUGAUUUUGUUCGUGUUAAAAGUCUUAUAAGUGAAGCAGCUAAAUGUAUAGCUGAUUCAGAUGCAGGCGUUUCUUCUGUGGCUAUGUAUUUAUUUGAAGAGUUGUCAAAGAAGGGAAAUGUCAUCUAUAACAUAAUUCCUGAUAUCAUAAGCUCAUUAAGUGAUCCCAAAUCUGGUUUUAGUGAAGAGAGCUUUCAGAUUGUUAUGAAGCAUAUAUUACAGUAUAUUGAGAAAGAAAAACUUGUUGAAGGUCUUGUUGAGAAACUGUGCUGUCGUUUUACAGACUCUAGUACGGAGGUUCAACUUCAUGAACUGACAUUUUGCUUGAGCAUUCUAACACUAAAUGACAAGUGUUAUACAAAACUAAUGGAAUUCAAAACUCUAUUAAAGGAAAGAAUGAGUGAUCCUGUUAUUAUGAAGUAUAUAACAAACAUCAGUGCUAAUGCGAAAAAGAAUGAUGCUAAAACAGCAACAGAGCUUGAAAUAUUUCGCAAAGAACUGGGAAUAUGAGCUUAUGUUCUCAUUGUAUAUCUUAUCUACAGAUCUGUGUUUGCAAUGUAUACCUUGUAAGUUGACUUAUUGUAUAUAUGACCCCAAACAAAUUUUGGUGUGAUGUAAUAUUCAUGUGUUAUGAACCAGGUAUGUAAAUGAAAUUUUAUUAAAUUUACCUGUAUUUUUAUCCAAAAAAUGGUUAGUAAAUGCUUUAAUUUAUAUUUAAGGAUAGAUUUAAUUGUAUUUUAAGAAUAGAAAAAAGUAUUUUUUAUCAG